AUGUAUCGCCCCGCCCUGAGGACUUGCGCAAGGCAAUGCGUCGCCAGGCGCGCCGUUCCCGCAGCGAGGUCUUUCGCCUCGUCGUCCAGCGGCCCGGUCUUUGACUGGGAGGACCCCCUGAACUCCAAGAACCUCUUGACCGAGGAGGAGCUCGCCAUUUCAGAGACCGCCGAGCGGUACUGCCAGGAGCGCAUGCUCCCGCGCGUGCUCCAGGCCUACAGGGACGAGAACUACGACAAGAAGAUCCUCGAAGAAAUGGGUGAGCUUGGUCUUCUCGGAGCGACGAUCGAAGGGUACGGCUGCGCGGGCAUCUCCACCGUCGCCGGAGGCCUCAUCACGAAGGCCGUCGAGAGGGUAGACAGCGGCUACCGCUCCGGCAUGUCCGUCCAGUCUUCCUUGGUCAUGGGCGGCAUCGCAGAGUUCGGCACGGAGGAGCAAAAGGAGAAAUACCUACCCCAGAUGGCCCAGGGCAAGCUCCUCGGCGCCUUCGGCCUGACGGAGCCGAACCACGGUAGCGACCCGGGCUCCAUGGAAACGACGGCCAAACCCCACCCGACCAAGAAGGGCUACUACUCCCUCUCCGGCGCCAAGACGUGGAUCACAAACUCCCCCAUCGCCGACGUGCUGAUGGUCUGGGCCAAGCUCCAGGAGACGGGCAAGAUCCGCGGCUUCCUCGUCGAGCGCUCCCAGUGCCCGCCCGGAACCCUCGAGACCCCGGCCAUCAAGAACAAGAACGGCCUGCGCGCCUCCAUCACCGGCAUGAUCCAGCUCGACGACUGCCCCGUCCCCGCGGCCAACAUGUUCCCCUCCGUCGAGGGCCUGCGCGGGCCCUUCUCCUGCCUCAACAGCGCCCGCUACGGCAUCUCCCUCGGCGUCAUCGGCGCCCUCGAGGACUGCGUCGCCCGCGCCCGCGCCUACGCCCUCGAGCGCAGGCAGUUCAAGAACAACCCCAUCGCCAAGUACCAGCUCGUGCAGAAGAAGCUCGCCGACGCCGCCACGGACGCCGCCUACGGCACCGUCGCCGCCAUCCAGGUCGGCCGCCUCAAGGACGAGGGCAAGGCCACGCCCGAGAUGAUCAGCAUGGUCAAGCGCCAGAACUGCGACCGCGCGCUGCAGAACGCGCGCGUGCUGCAGGAGAUCUUUGGCGGGAACGCCGUCAGCGACGAGUACGGCAUCGGGCGGCACGUGGCGAACCUUUUCGUGACGCAGACCUACGAGGGACAGAGUGAUAUCCAUAGUCUCAUUAUCGGCCGUGCCAUCACAGGCAUCCAGGCUUUCGUAUAA